AGGGGAUGCUUUGAAGAAAGUAAUGAGUCUAUCUUGGGCGAAUCAGUUUGCAAAAACUGCGCUAAAAACUGCUCAACAGAAGAUCGAUAGUGUUUUGGACAUUCGACCUGGUGAUGAGGUGUUAACUUCUGCUAUAGAGCCCUCUGUAAGCGAUGAAUCGCUCCAAACGGCUGUGGCUCCUCUUGAAACGCCGGACGAGACCACAGCGCCAGCCCCUUCCUCUUCAUCUACAUUAGGCGAAGGAUGGACAAAUGCUUGGAACAGUCUCUCAUCUGAUCGUGAGCUUGUUGUUGACUCUGAACCGAACCCCAUCCGAGAUGAGUGUCCACAGGCUUCUGCUACCUUGUUCGACCAUUCGCCCUCAUCAAACUCGUCCGAAGGCACGAAUAACGGACAGUCUCAGAAAGUUACUAGCUCAGAUGAAAACAAAAGUAUUGAGGCAAGCAAUGUUGAAGACUCUGUGUACGUUGAUGUUGAUCUUACUGUUCCCUCUCCUGAUGAAAAUCAAUUUGCUUCUUCUUCCGAAACAAUACAAGAAGAGAAUACUGUACCGCAUAUCGUGCUUCGAGGCUCUAUCCAAGAUGAUUCGCUAACAGUCGCUUCCAGUGAUAUCGAAGUCAUUCGUAAUGUGGAUGCAUGUUCUAUCGCUAGUAGUAAACCAACUACAGAUCAUAUGCCAUUUCACUUCACUACGAAGAGUGACUCUACUGAGUCGUUCCGUGCUCAGCUGCUCCAUGCUGAGCAACGCAGGAAUGAACUGAAAGCUGCUAAUGACACUCUACAGUCAAACAACGCGCAACUUCAACAAAGAAUAGUAGUUUUGAAUCAACAACAUGUUGCUUUGAAAAAGGAGCUAGAUACCAAGAAAACGGAACUGGAAGAUUUACUCGCUGAAGGCAAGCGUCUAUCUGACCACUCAGGCAAGCAGGCUCGUGAGAUUAGACGAUUGCGAAGCGAACUUACCGAGGUGGAGAAGGUAAAAGCGGAGAGAAAGCGGCUCAAGGAGGAGAAGCUCAGGGCCGAGGAAACGAUCGAGCUUCAAAAGGAGGAAGUGGCAUCUUUGAAAGGAAUGAUAAAACAGCUUGAAGGCAAUGUUGAACAGCUCACAAAGGAGCAGUCUAUGCGUGCUGCCACUUCCGAGGUGGCUCAAAAGCAUGUGAUUGAACAGAACAAACAUGUUGCUGACUUAGAACAACAGUUAGAUGAGGCACGCAGGCAGAUUGAUGAUCUCACCACAUACAACAGGAAGCUUGCAAAAGAGACCGAAAUGAUGCAGUCUGCGAAUUGGUCUGAAAGGCUUGCUGGCGAACGAGCGAAUGAAACAGCGGCAACAGUGAGCGCUGAGCUGGAAGAAGCACGUGCACACAUACAACGACUGAAUUCGCAGCUGCAGAGUACCGAAAGCCGUCUAGAUUUUGUUUUGAAUGAAAGAAACGACGUUGCUCAGUCCAUCUCCCAAGCAAAUAUGCCACUGCUGGAGGAGAUAAGUAAUUUGAAGCAGGCACUUUAUCGUGAACAACGAGCUAGUGAGGAAGCUGAUAUGAAGAUGCGCACGAACAAAACGGAGCUUCAACUUGUUCGAGAGCAACUUCAAGAAUUGAAAGACAAGCAUGAAUCAUUGGCGUCGCAUUAUAUUAAACAGUUGACAGUCGUCAAUUUGGAUGUGAAGAGUCUUGAGGAAGAAUUGAGGCGUGCCUGCCUAGCCAGACAUGCGUUAUUAGCUGAGCAGAAGACGAUGCAAGCAGCUCACGCAAGGGAAAUAGAUGGAAUGCGUGAUGAAAUCGUCACACUGUCGCAUGAAUGCAGCACACUUCGCAAUACUUUAAAGGAAUUGAUGAACGAGAACGAAUCGUUAAAAACAUCACUUAUGGAAGCACGAACAGCAGAACGUGCCCAAGCAGUUGUCGAAACUUCAGCGCAUGUUCCCACCUCCAACGAUCUCAACCAUUCGCCGAGCGAUUCAUUUGAUAACUUCCCAUUGAAUAAUUCUCCAAUCGCACCAUUUUCAUUCGCUCCUCCUCAAAACUCACACAGCACGCAGGAAGAAAUGUCAUUGAAGAGGUUAGCUUAUCUGGAAAACGAAGCCAUGCGUUGCAGUCAGCUAGAAGAGCAGAUAAGGAAGCUGGAGAAGUCUUUAAAGAUUCUCACCACUCAGUACAACGAGUUGUUGGAAGUGGACGGGGAAAGAUUGGAGCGAAUCGAGGAGCUGGAGCAUGAUGUCACUGACCUGCGUCAACUCUUGAAGGAUCAGCUACUCGCUUUCGCAGAUGCUGUGAAUGAGAAGGAGAAGAAUUCGUGAUAUUGAUGAUGGGUCAUAGAUUCAAUGUACAUUGUGACAGCUCUUUCAUUGUUCCCGAUUUUAUAUCUGUGAAUUUUAUAUCUGUGAAUUACUGCGGGUGUAUUGUAUGCGUUUUGAAAUUGUUUUUCUUUUUAUUGUUUCGCAGAGACUGGGUACUAAUACUUCAGAUUAUAUUUAUCCCUAAGAUGUGAAUAAAAUUGUAGUAUGAUCUAACGUGGAAAUGAAACAUUUAUUGUCUUUUGUUUGCU